AUGUCUUCGCGAUUCAAUCUCAAGACGCCCAAGAUGUUCAUACGGACGCGCUACGAGAAGCUGCCCGGCGGCGACUCGCAGAGCUCAUCGCCGCUCUUCAGGUCCGGCACCUGGUCCAAGGGGUACCGAAGCCCCCAGUGGGCGAACCGCCUGCAGCGCCCGCGGAUGUCAUUCGCGCGCGUCGUCAUGCUUGUCAUCGUGUCGAUUCUGCUGGUUUCCAUGACCGUCACAGGCAUCGUCAAGGGCCGCUGGAAGCACCACCACAACAAGGGCGACGACCGGAAACUGUACCAUUGGGAGCACUACCCGAGGUUACGCGGUCUCUUCAACGGCGUGCGCACCCUCGUUCCCUAUAGUGAUUACGUGUCGGAGCAAAACUUCGUCAAGUACUCGCAGAGCACCAACCCUGAGGACAACAUAAAGCAGAAAUGGCCGGAGAUGCCCAAGGAGCACAAGGAGCCGCCAAUGGACCCUGUCCGCUUCAGCCCUUAUCCCAAGUUCGACUCCAAGGAGUACCUCAAGAACCACGAGGAGGUUCACACCUGCUACCUCGACGAGGACGAGAAGGUAGAGCUACCCGACAUUUACGCUUAUCCCGGUAUUCCGCAAAACCAGACGGCUCCCUCCUUCGGCUCAUACGAGGAGCUCGGAUUGAACGACAAGGUUUGCUUCGACCGCUUCGGUCGAUUCGGUCCCUACGGCUACUCAUACCCCCGCGAGCAGGGCGGAUUUGGUCUCGCCGACAAAUCGGAGAAGAACGGUGCAGACAAGAUAUGGAGCACCGAGCCCAGAAUCGACUACGGCAAGGUUAGUUGGGGCAAGGCGCAAAAGCGUUGCUAUGAGAAGAACAAGGCCCGUUUCCUCAAGAAUGUCACCCAAAGCGACAGCGAUGAAACACAUGUCCAGAAGAAGAAGGUCCCUCGCCAUGCCUACAUCCUCCGCACAUGGACUGGCUACAAGUACAGCGAGCAGCAGAUUCUUACCAUUCGCGCCAUGAUCAACGAACUUUCACUCAAGUCCGGCGGCGAGUACGACGUUCAUUUUCUGCUCCAUGUCAAAGACGACAGCAUUCCGAUCUGGUCCUCUGACGAGUUUUAUGAGAAGACCAUUCGCGACAACCUUCCGGAAGAAUUUUGGGGCAUGGCUACGCUGUGGUCCGAGCAGCAGAUGCGUCUCUACUACCCCGAGCCGUUUCCCAACAACGUCUAUAACCACGCCAAGGCCCCUGUCCAUUCUGUGUACCGUAGCGCUCAUUUCCCCCUGCAAUGGUUCUCCCAGGUACAUCCCGAGUACGAUUUUUACUGGAAUUGGGAGAUGGACCUCCGCUUGACUGGUCACUACUGGGAGUUCCACACCAAGAUUGGUGACUGGGCACGGAGGCAGCCUCGCAAGGGCAUGUGGGAACGCGCGUCCCGCUACUACAUUCCCGAGCUUCACGGAUCUUGGAAGAACUUCACCGACAUGGUCGAGGAGGAAAUGUACAACAGCGAUGAGAAGCCAGUUUGGGGACCACCCAAGUUUGAGAACACCGGUAUGCUCGAGAGUCCACCAGAGACCGAACCUCCACGGACGUACUUGGCCGACGACUAUCAGUGGGGUGUAGGUGAAGAUGCCGAUUUGAUCACUUUCAACCCAAUCUUCGACCCAGCCAAGACCAAUUGGGUGUUCCGCGACGAUGUUUCUGGUUAUGACCUUGAAUUGCCCGAACCACCUCGGCGAUGUGCUAUCAUCACCGUUUCCAGGUUAUCGAAGCGCCUGCUCGAUCUCAUGCACCGCGAGACAUACCUUAUGCGGCACCACAUGUUCCCGGAGAUGUGGCCUCCUACGGUCGCUUUCCACCAUGGCCUGAAGGCCGUGUACGCCCCUCACGCUGUCUACUUCGACCACAACUGGCCUCUCCAGUCACUCGACGGAACCUACAACCAUCCGCCGAAGCCUACCGACAGUGUGUUCGGAUGGGGAGAGCACAAUCAGCUCGGCAACAGCUUUUACUACAACGCCGGCUUCUCUUCAGAAUUGUGGCGACGGUGGCUGGGAGGCCGCGAGUAUGACCAAGGAGGACCCAUCGAGGAAGAGAACGGUUCCGGCCGGCUGUGCCUCCGCCCGACGCUAUUCCAUCCUGUCAAGCACGAGAAUCUGAACAUAUGA